CGUUGUGUUCUUGUACUGAUUUUUAGAUAUAGGGGAAGGUGGGGCACAGUGGGACAAUAAGAUCUUUGAAACAAAAUAACUCCUUUUUUUAACAGCUAUUACAAAACUAAAAUAAUGGAAAGCAUAUAGCACCAUUCAGCAAUAAUAGUCAUGUGCAUAAGAAACAAUCAUGCACUUUCUUUGGAAAAGCUGUGAUCCUCAUAAAAGAACAUUUUCAAAUUAGUCCCACUGUUCCCCAAGGGGGGGCACAUUGGGACAAGAAGUGGGGCACACUGGAACAUGACUAGUACACAUUUCUGAAACCAAAUUUCAAAUCAAAUUUAAGGUACUUAUUUUGUCUCUUUGUUGUACCGCAUAUGCUAGGCUUGGGGAGAAUGACCUUGAUGUUAGCUUGAUGGAGGCUAUAUCCGGCACUUGUGGAAAAAAAAAAUGAUUUGUGCUUUCUCUGAAGAUAAGACUCUUCGUAGUCGCCUUCAUCACCUUUUCCUUUUGUUAUGAGGCCUUUGUUAUAAUACUUCUUGAUUGCAGUAUCAAAUUCAACCAGUGGGACAGUGUCCCACUGUGCCACGAUUUAAGUGUCCCACAGUGCCCCAUGUGAUAUUAUUCAAAAUAAAUUUAGUUUUAAGCUACGGUUACACUAGUCAAUGAAAUGGUUGGAUUCCAACGAUUCGCUUGAAUUUCGUCCAAGGUUGGAGGAUUUCGUUUGGAAUCCAAGCGUAGGGUUGGAGGAAAGAUACCUCGCCCAGUAGCGUUGUACUCCUUCCCUUGGAUCUCAUCCAAGGGAAGAAAAUUGAAGAUCUAUGUUAUACAGUAUUCAUAUUUAUGACAUAUUUGAAAAGAAAGUAUACAGCUUAUUCAUUCAUAAGAGAUGAAGUAUUUAUUAGUAUAAAAAUAUCUUGAUUGAUUGAUAGUUUAUUGUUGCAGGUAAACAACAAGGGAGAAGGGAGGAACAUGCCAUCCCAACCCCCAGGCAGGACAGAGUGUGAUUAUACAACUAUUAAUACAUGUGUAGGUAGCACCAUGAAACUAAAGAUACAAUGGUAGGAAGGAAAGCACAACAAGGGAGGGGGCGGUACCUCCCCCUGGACAAUAAGACAAUAAAAUGUGGGGACGGAGAACAUUGCCCAAGCACUAGAUGGGAAUGAAUACAGAGAUAGAGUAAUACUAGUCCUUAAAGUAAAAUACUGCAGAGAUCACAGCCUUGUAUAGCACGGCAGUAGUUCAGGCUGCCACACACGGCAUCACCACCUUGGUGCAAACUGAGGGUGUUCUUUGAGGAUAGCAGGGAGGACAUCAUGGUUCAGGAGCCAACAAAUUGUCUGGGGCAGGUCAAGGCAGUCCCGUGGCUUAAACUUAGCAAUGAGAGGGCAUUCCAUGACAUAGUGAUGCAGUGUGUGGCCCCUCGGCCUGGCACAGAACGUGCAGCAGACACCAGGGGAGUUACUAACCUCCCAAUAGUGAAAUAGGAAUAAAAUUGUAUAGAAUGUAUAUAGUGGCAAUAAGCAGACAUUCGUUUGACUACCUCUUCUUUUUCUUCUUUUCGUCUUGACGCCGUUGGAAAGGCAGAAACCUAAACAUCUCCAAGGGCAAGGUUGGACUGGUCUAACCACUCGUCCAAAGAUAGAAUUUGAUGGACAGCUGUUUAAGCAAAAAAAUUACUUUGGAGUGUUAAAAGAGCAAAGACCUUCACCACAGAGGAUGUGAUGCUGUACAUCAUCCCUCAGCAACAUUAGUAGAAACACUGAUGGGAGGACAUUCAGUCGCCUGAGGCUUCAUGACAGCAAAUGAACAGAAGAUAUUUGAUGACCUCAACGCCAAGACGUCCCACCCCAAGUACUGGAUGCCGCUGGUGUGGGCCGGCAGCAUCAUCGCUAGGGCCAGGAAGGAGGGGAGGAUACGAGACGAUUUUGCGGUUAAAACUAUCCUGGAUGAAAUAAAUAGGUUUCGUGGGUUGUGUGGAGGCUUGCUUAGUUAUGACUGGAUCAGCAUACCUCUUGUGUAUACUCAGGUUGUCACACUGGCCACAUACUCAUUCUUCCUGGCCACAAUUAUGGGGAGGCAGUUUCUGGAUCCAUCUCAGAAGAUUGCAAAACAUGAAGUUGAUUUUUAUGUUCCCAUUUUUACCCUCCUACAAUUUUUCUUCUAUAUGGGAUGGUUGAAAGUAGCGGAGUCUCUAGUAAAUCCCUUUGGAGAAGACGAUGACGACUUUGAGAUCAACUGGCUGGUUGAUAGAAAUUUGCAGGUGUCAUUCCUUAUAGUGGAUGAGAUGCACAGUGAACAUCCUGAACUCAUACAAGAUUUGUACUGGGAUGAAGUGUUUCCUCAAGAACUACCCUACACCAUUGCCUCUGAACAGUUUAGACGAGAGCCACCCCAAGGCUCCACUGCUAACAUUGAAGUUUCAGAACAAGAUCAGGAGUUUCUACCCAUCCUCGAGGAAGAUGAUGAGGAUAUUCGAGAAUCUAUGUCUGGAAUUAAUGAAGAUAUGGAGAAAGGUUCAAGAGCUAUUGAUAUCAUGAAAAAGCCAAGGAGUGCAAGAUCAUCAAUAUCAGGGAUGGCAUCAUCUCAGCCUCUGUCAUCUCGCAAGCCUUCAAUGCUGUCCAUGCUAUUCAGUAGACUGACGUCCAACAGCCAAGAGAAUGUUCGACGUCAUGGUGUGAAGCCAAACGCAAGCAGCACGUCAGUUCGUCAUGUAAGACGCCGGCGAAGUCUCAAGAGAUCCGUGUCACGAGUUUCAUCAACUUCUCAGGUUACCUGUCAAAGUCCAGAUUCUGUUGCAAGAAUGUCAAACAUUCUAACCCAGGACAGUGCCAUCUUCCGUAUGUCGGGUUUGUCUCUUAACACAAAUGCACCGGAUGAGAUGUCGAGUCCCCGAACUAAGACAAGACAUAAUUCAUGCUGUGAUGAUGAUGAACCUAUUGUUAUUAAGAUCAAGAGAAGGGAUAAAGAUGGUCAUGUUAUUGUGUCACAAUUAUCUGAUGAGCUAGAUAACACAAGUGAUUCAGGCAGACCACUCCUAAUAGGAAAGCAGAAAAAACCUGGAGCAAGUUUCUUGUUCUCAGAAGGGACAGAGGAUGAACCUUUCAUCAGCAGUGACAAAAAGAAAGGGUUUACUGACACUAAGAGUCUUGGCAGCAGCGCUUCAAUUCGCACUUCCAUUUUUCAAGGUGAUGGAACUGAAAUGGACAACAAUGAAGAGGAAAGGGAAGAACUUCUUACACAAAAGCAGGGACGAGACAUGACUAGCAUGAACCUUAAAGGAUUAUCAAAGACGAUUAGUGCCGCCAGAUCUCAGCAGGAGCAGCCAACUUCUUCAGUAUCCUUCCAUAGGCUAAGUAGUGAACCCUUAGAAAAGAGAGUAUCACAGUCUGAGCAACUUUUAACUGAAGAUGAGACCUUCCUGCCUUGUGAUCUACAAAGGCAGGAUGAAACCAGUUCCAGUGAGCCAGUUUCACCUUCACACAAAUCUCCAAGAUUUCAAUGCACAACAUCAAAAAGUUUAGUUGCUUUUGAUAGUCCUAUGGAUAAAAAAUCCACAAAGUCCAGCACACACCCUAAUGUCUCACCUAUUGGAACAGAUGAAACUCUGUUAUAUAAACCAUUUAGUGGAGAUCUAAAUAUAUGCCUUGAAGACACCAGUCCCAAGGCAAGUACUCCAGAUGAAAAGUUUUCCUAUUUGAAGCCUGAUUCUACUUCAGCAUAUCAAAGCAGUAGUGACCAACCAACUGUACCUAAAGACACAUUAGAAACAAUCAUUGAAGGUCCACUAGAAAGCAUUGCUGAAGCAGAAAAUGUAGAAGAAAGUGGUAUGGAUGUAAUAUUAGGAAGUGAUAAAGAAUGUAAAUAAGCCAAAGAUAUUUAUUAAACAAUGCAGUAAUUCAGGUUGAACUAUAAGUAUAUUGUACAUAAAUUGUGGUAUAAAUAAAAAGAUUUGAUAAGAUAUAAAGGCACAAAUAUCUCAUCUGUCAUACAUUUAUAGUCAGAGGACAUAAAGCAAUGAAAAAAUUCUUUAAAAUCAACUUAUUGCUCUAUGAUUGCUAAAGUUAAUGUUUGUUUAGAUAUUAUUAGUUUUGUAUUUUUACAUAAAUGCUUACAUUUAACCUGUUUCCGUUUGUGCAUUAGACAACUUUUGUUGAGUUUUCUACUUUUUAAUAGUUACCAUACACUGUUCGUAGUGUACAUACAUACAUACAGUUGUUACAUCUGUUAUUAUUACUGCAGUAUUUGGGAUUGCUGGAACUUCAUCAAUAUAUCAUCGGACCCAGAUAGGGUGAAAACUCAUUGUUGCAACAAUCACAUCCUCAAAUUGUUUGAAAAUUUUGUGUAAUUUGAUACACAGUUAAAGUUUUACUGCUUCAGUUAAUUUUGGUUUUAAUUCUUUAACAAUUGGUUUAAAUAAUUUUAGAUUUAGUUAGCUAGAAUCACACAAAUUCUUAAGUUUUCUUAGUCUAAGAUGAUGGCAAUAAUAGAGAGACUUAGAAACAUGCUAAUGCAGUUUCACAGUCAGUUUUCUCUACCUUUAGAUAUUUUCAUUAUGAUUUCUUCUUCUUAGCAAAAUAUGCAUCUAGUUUUUGUAAGAGUUUUAGUAAUCAUGUUACAUUAUUUUUUCUCUUUGUUUCAAUAUAUAUUUAACUGUUGUUUAUUCUAAAUAAAGAACCAUGAAAUCAUUCUUGAAUCAGUACAUGCACUUCAGUAUAGUCAUUGAAGCACUUAGAGGCAGAGUUAGGUCACAUUUGUACAAAAGGUUAUACAUUUCUCAUUUUUAAUUAACCAAGAAUGUCAUGAUACCUAGAAUUUUGUACUCUGGAGAUAAAUAUGAAGUAUUUACUAUAUAUUGACAUUUAUUUUUGUACUUUUUAUUAUGUAUUGUGGUGAAUCCUUUGCUAGUUGUGAGCCUGAUAUAAACUGAUCUUCAGAUGUCUGUGAGUGUAAAAAAUCAAAUGUCUGUGUGGUAAGAAUGGGAUGAGAGAUGUAGAAAAGGUAUGGUGAAUAUUCUCAACAUAGGAUAAAAGUUCUUGAUUAACUUUUUUUUAUAUAUGUAAAUAUAUGAGAGACCAUUAGAGGCAGUGGUGUAACCAGAAUUUUAUUGAUGAAAAGGGAAGUUGAAAUGAUAAGGGGUAGUACGUCAUAUCUUAUAAAACAAAAAAAAAGAUAAUGGGGGACUCAGUCAACUUGAAGGUGGGAACUUCAAUGUUUUAGAGAACCAUGUAAAUCCAGCUCCUUGUUGUCCUCCUUUAAAGAAGAAGGUCUCUAAGAGUUCUAUGCUCAUACUUUAACAAUUGUGGUUUGAGUCAGCUACUUGACCUGAAGGUAAGGUAAAGGUAAAGUUGGGAACACACGCUGAGCUGUGCAUGGCCUCAACUGGAUGCUAAUCUCCAUCUCAUUGGCCUAAGUAUAUCCAUUGACUGAAAUUGAAUGCUAGAAAUGAAUAACACUAUGAACAUAAUAUGAGUGUGUAUAUAACAAUAAAAGGUGCCACCUCAGUAUAAUAUUUUUUGGACACAUUGCAUGGUGGAGAAAUUUAGGGAAAGUAGACUAUGAUAACCCUAAUGUCCCACUGGCCUAUACACCUCCAUGGUUCAGUGGUUAGCAUUCCUAGCCAUGAAUCUGCUAGCCCAGUGGCAUGAGCAGUCAGCAUGCAGCUCAUCCUGCUAUUUUCCUCCCUUUUGGUCUUGUUGAUAAAUGGGUCUGGGGGAACUUGGGGAAGGUAAACUGUGUUAACCUGGAUGGCACACUGGCUCUGUGCCCUGGGGUAAUGGGUUCUUUCCAACACAAGCCCAAGGGGCAAAACAAUGGAUAAAAUUAAUGAAGCCAUGUGCAGUUAUAGUGUAUCCCCCCAACUUUCACUUAACCUUACAGUGGCCUUGUAUCCCAGGGUGAUGGGUUCUUACCAUCACAGACUCAAGGACUGAGCUGAUGAAAAUGAACACUAGUGCGAUGUGCAAUUAAAGUGUAUGCCUCCGACUUGCAUAAGGCAGUGAUCGAGUUCAGAGUAGACUAAUAAAUGAUGUACUUUUUUAUGCUAAAUAUAAUUAAGUACAGAUGCAUAAAAGAGUUAACUUCAAAGAAACUUAUAAUAAAGUAAUAUAUCAAAGUUUGUUGGUCUGACAAAAUUAUUUGGAACUAAUAGCAAACUGGAGUGUAGAAAUUAUUUUGUCCAUUAUUUAAGUUGACAAAUUAAGAACCUCAAACACUGAUACACUGCAUGGCAUGUCCAGUUAUUACUGUGCAAUGAAUCACACCAGAAAAAUAAGCAUCAGGUGAGUAAUGAAACUGAUUUGCAGCAUGCAUCUAUUUUAGUACAUUUAUUUCAUAAACUGGCACUUUUCUCCCUUGAAAGAACUUUCUCCUUUGACUUUAGAGAAAAGUUGCUACCCAAGCAAGUAAUUCACAUACAUAUUCUUAUCAGUGAGCUUGUGAAUGAUUAAUGUUAAGUAUAUUUCUGAUUAAAUAACUAGCAUGAUAGCAUGCAUUCUGAAGUAACUAAUAUGACAUGGAUAUAAUUCCAGUCUCCUUUGAAUGUAUACAGUAAGGUAUUUAUAUUAUUAUUAUUUUAUAAUUUUAUUUAUUUAUUAUUAUUGCUGUAGUAGUAGUAGUAGUAUUUCAUAGCAGCAGCAACGACAGUAGUAGUAGUAGUAGUAGUAGGCUACAGUAGUAAUAUAUAUAGCAGCAGUAGGAGAAGUAAAACCCAGCACACACUACCACUUCCCACCGUCGGUGCUUCUUGUUCAUGCAGCGUUCACCAGCCAGGGCAGGGGGCCGGCGAGCAGACGCUGAUGCGGCGGCACUGCCCUCGCCGGUGAAACACGCAAUGUCUAUAUAGUAACAUGUCGGGACACUCUUUUUGAAUAAAACCGUCCCUUCCCGCACAUGACGUAUCUUGGGGUACACUGAGCUGAGAGCUCAGUGUACCUCAUGAUCGUGUGUGGUAUUGCGGUCGUGUCCGCUCGCCAUUGCGAUACUUUUCCCCAUCGACGCCAUGCCCAACACUUGUGCAGUUUUAUAUAUAUAUAUAUAUAUAUAUAUAUAUAUAUAUAUAUAUAUAUAUAUAUAUAUAUAUAUAUAUAUAUAUAUAUAUAUAUAUAUAUAACAUGCAAAAUUACAGAUUUACGAUGACAGUGAUGUCACUAAAUAUAGCCUGUCUGGUGCAACAUCAGAUAAUAUCCUCUGCUGUAAUAAGGGGCGUUGCCAGACAUUGUAGACAUCGGGGACUUAAACCCUGUCUGACAAAGGGGAGGGGUCCGGGUGUAUGCUCCCCUGGAAAAAAAAAACAUAGAUAGUGACUUCUAGGGACUUAUAAGGGACUUUGGUAUAAUGACAAUUAAUUUAUGAUACGUCCAACACUAGAAUCAAAUUACUGUAUAAUGAAUUGAGUAAAAAAAAAAAUAUAUAUCUUAAAACUUUAAAAAAGAUCUGGGGCUUUUGAUGAAAGAUCUGGGGCUCAAGCCCAAAUAGCCACCAUCCCCCACUGCCUAUGAUUGUAAUAAAUGAGUGAGCCCAAAGAGUUUUAUAACUAUAAUUGUUGUAGUAGUAGAUGUCCUACCUUAUCCUCAUGUUUACUGAAUUAUGAAACCCAUGCAAAGAGCAAGGAAACCAUAUAAGUCUAUCGUUAAACCAGUUUUCCAUCCUAACUUUUCAUAAACGAAUUGUUAAAUCGAUCGAUUCUUGAUCGUCAAAAAAAUUAACCUAUUACCAAGUCUUCACAAUAAAAAAAAUCAACCUAAACAUUACAUUUAGUGUGGUAACAAAUUUAACGCAAGAACUAAAUAAACGUUAAAAAUUGACAUUUUACCGUAGUCUCUGCUCAAGCAUUACUUCAUCCGUUUUCUGUCAUCGCUACCCCAUGAUACGUCACAGCUAUACCUCCCAUCCCUCCCUCAUACUCCCUUCCCCACCGCGCUGACGGUGGCGAGUGGUGAUGCGAGUUUUAUGUUUCUAUUUGUUUGAUAUUAUUCUGAUAGUUUUUUACUUUGAUAUUCCCAUAAGUUCAUCUAUUUUAGAUAAUUACAUAAGUAUAUUGUCAUUUAAAUUUGGUUACUGCCAAUAUAUAUUAUAUAUUUUUUAUUUAUUUAUUUAUUUAUUUAUUUUGGUAACAGACAAACGAAUAGACAGACGGACAUCAUCUGUAAGCAGUGACGGGCAAUAAAAAAUAUCAUAGCACCUUUUUCUUACUUUAUGGAAGCAGGUAAUACUAUAUAGCCUACCUACUACUACUGUAAUUGAUGAUAAUGUUGUGCUGGAAGCUUCCCCCGGCGUCCAUGGGCCUCUAGAAGGCCCAGGGAGGAGCGAGCAGGGGGGCGGGGAGCAAGGCGAGCCGUCCGCGCCCCGCGGGGCGCGGCCAUACGCCAGGCGGGAAGUGUUGCCAACUCGCAUAUAUUUUUGCUACAUGUUCUUGUAUGAUCUAAAAUAUACUGUAACAUUCUAGACUGUACUGUUCUGGAUAUAUAUAGGAAAAGAGGGCGAGAGAGGCCGAGUCCCAGUCAUAGUAAGCUAGUGGUCAGUGAAGAGUCAGAGUGAAGUGUACUGCUAAGGAAGAAUAUUAAACUACAGAAGUUGUGCAAA